CUCGUUGUUUGGUCGCGUGCACAUGCGUUGUGUUUACGCCACUAGCGGCGGUGCGCUUGAUCCGAGAGUUAGGCCGUUAUUGAUGGGCGGGGUUUAGCUAGCUUGGCUAACGUUAGCACAAAAUGUAAAUACAUAAUCUGCUCCUCGUUUAUUAUGAUCAAAUCCUAGCGGUAGACACCUAUACUGUGUCGUAUCAGCCUGUAUGUAUGAGGCUGUCGGCAGAGUAACAUGUUUGUAAGUGUUUUCAUAAUGUAGCUAUCUGAUGCUAGCUUCGGCUCGACGCUAGCUAGCUAGCUAGCUAGCCUGUGGUCAUCAGCGAGAUACGACGGCUCAACAGGUUUGAUUAAGCCUCAUCGUUGCUGACCAGGAUGAUUGACCUUCGGGCGUGGGCAGAGUAUGUGGUGGAAUGGGCGGCCAAAGACCCCUACGGUUUCCUCACCACUGUCAUACUGGCUCUCACACCUCUCUUCAUUGCCAGUGCACUGCUGUCCUGGAAACUGGCCAAGAUGAUUGAGGCACGUGACCGUGAACAGAAGAAAAAGCAGAAACGUCAGGAAAACAUAGCCAAGGCCAAGAGGAUCAAGAAAGACUAAGCCUGUGGGUAGAUGAGGGCAUAAAAAAAAAAAAGGAGGAGCAACCACCACGCUCUCAGCACCUCCUUAUUCCAAUAAUGACACGGUGCCCUUCGUUGUCCUAGCCCUACUGUCAGCAUGGGGCAACUACGCCUCAUACCCGGGGUAGGAGUCUGGCCCCGCAGGCCCAACAGUGCUGAGACAGACAGUACUGCCCGGAGGAGGCUCGUCCCAGUGGGACUUUGGUCAGCAAGAGCACAGUGGUCAUCUGUAUGAAGUUAUUGUACAGAAAUCCACUGAUAAUAUUGUGCAGCUGCUGCAACACCUUGCAUUCCAUUGUUAGCGUCCAUGUUCUUCAGAAUUGACGAUGUAAUGAGCAUACUGGAACUUUCCCCCAAAAUAUCCCAAAUACUACUUUCUAAUUAAUAAAGUUUUCAUGGUUGAUAAGAAAAUAUAAUUUCCUCUUUGUGGAGUCCAAUAUUGGACUGGGUAAAAACAUCACAAAAUUUUUUGAUUCCAUGGAAUUAAAAGUAUUUAGCCACUCGUUUUUUAUAUUGUAUUGAACCAGACUGCUAUUCAAGUGGGCUUUUAUGUACUGGUGGUCAGAAACGACACAAAUAUCAAACAGAAAACAAAUCUCUGCAAAUGUAUCACAAAUGUGGAGCAGCCAGUUGUCUUUAGAAGUAGCAGAAGUUUAAAAAACUUACCAGUGAGAGGUGAAUUUAGUUUAAAUAUUCACUCCUGGUUAUUCAGUUAUGUAACAGCUGUAAAAGAACCAACUUGCUGCCAAAGAGGCCUUUAUUAAAUAUAGACCUGAAAGGAGAGAACCAGGAUUGUUUUGGCCAGAUAUGUUAUUCAGACAAUUAUUUUGUAUAUAUAUAUUUUUUUUUACAUACCGUAUGCUCUAAAUUUAGAUGUAUUUGCAACGAUACGGGUUUAAUUUGGUAGGCUUUUUAUUAAAAACAAAUUACGUUCACUGUGACUCAGUGAUUACAACAUUCAAAAGUCCAGUGAGAUGGAUACUUUUAUAGGUACUGUGAUUAUUUUACAGAAGCUGUGUAAAUAGAUUAUUCUAAAUACAGACAGAUGGACCUGCCCACAUUUCUUCAUAUUUCUCUUGAGAUUGUAUUUUC